AUGGGGGUUUCCAUGCCGCCACCGGUGCAAAGCACUUCCGAGUACCUCGUCGAUGUGACCGAAUCAUACAUCGACUCGCGGGACCGGCUUGCCCACCAUGCCCGCAAGGGCUCGCCUUUGAGGACAAAGACUAUUCCCUACGCAUCGGUAGGGUAUAGAUGGCGUCAGUCUCUUGCGGACCUCAUUCCGUGUGCCUUGCGGGCCGGCGAGGACGCUCUUCCGCUGCUAUCGGGGGACCGGCCACAGGCCAGGAAGCGUUCUUGCCGUUCUUGGCUUCAGCGUUUGUCGGUGUACGGGCUAUUCGGCUUCUUUACGGCACUAGGAAUCAUCCAAUUUAUCUCGAUCACCUGCGGCAUUGUGCUCUCGUUCUUCCCAAAUGACUAUGACCGCGCCGCGUGGGCCUGGAGGGACGUUAUAGUCGCCGAAGUCGACGAUAUCACCCGGUGGCCCACCGAUUUCUCACGCGAUAUUAUUGCCGUGGACUGCCACUCGCACAACGACUACUUACACAGCGUGCCGCUGUUUUUAGCACUCCAGGCCGGUUGUACAGGCGUCGAGGCUGACGUAUGGCUGGUGGACGACGAGCUAUAUGUCGGCCAUACCUCACACGGCCUGACGAAGCGCCGCACCCUACGCACCCUGUAUAUCGACCCGCUCGUCGCCCUACUCGAUCGCCAGAACUCGAUCACGCCGCUUCAGCACGUUAUUGACCGCGCCAAAAACGGUAUCUUCGACACUGAUCCGGCUCAGACUCUCGUACUCCUAAUCGACUUCAAGAGCGACGGCGCUACUACCUGGCCCGCCGUCGUCGCGCAUCUCGCCCCGCUGCGCGACCGCGGCUAUCUGACCUACUUCGACGGCCGUACCCUCGUCCCCGGCCCCGUCACCGUCGUCGGCUCCGGCAACGCGCCCUUUGAUCUACUCUCCGCUAACGCCACCUACCGCGAUAUCUUUUUCGACGCCCCGCUAGAGAAGCUCGUCGACGAUUCCGCGCUGUGGCCUCCGUUAGGCACAAUCGCUACAGACACGUACAACACGACCAAUAGCUACUACGCCUCGGUGUCCUUCAAGGCCGCCGUCGGCUUCCCCUGGCCCUUCCACCUCACGCCGCGCCAAAUAGACCUCAUCCGCACGCAGGUGCGCGUCGCGCACCACUACGGCCUGAAGGUACGCUACUGGGACGUGCCGAACUGGCCGCGCAGCUUGCGCAAUCAUAUCUGGCGCGUGCUCGUGCAGGAGGGCGUGGAUAUGCUAAAUGUGGAUGAUCUGGUUGCCGCGACGCAGGGGAACUGGCGCAAUCGCGUGUUCGAUUGGUGGUGGUGA